AGAUUCUAGAAGACAGAAAAUGUAACCAUAUUAUUUAAGUGAAUGGGGAAAGAAAACGGAAAACCACAGCUCUGCUGGUCUGAAAUCAGUAGGAGGCUUAUUUCAGGAGUGAGGCUUCCAUCCACUUGUCAAGUGCUGUUCAGAAGAGAGUCUCUUGUAACCGGGUUUUCUGGCAUUAACAUCUAUACAGCUGUGCUCUGCAAUGGAAGGUCUUCCCAAACAGUCAUCUGAACUGGAUGUAGAUCUAUGUAGCACUAAAAUGGAGCUACAAAAAAUGUUAAUUGAUGAGAGAAUGAGAUGUGAACAUCACAGAACCAACUAUCAAAUCUUAAAGGCUGAACACACAAGGUUGCAGAAUGAAUAUACAAAAGCCCAGAAUGAGCUAAGACGAAUGGAGACGGACAAACAAACCACUCACGAGAAAUUCCAACUUCUUCUUGCCGAACUUCGUGGGGAAUUAUUAGAUAAAACAAGAGAACAAGAGGAACUGAAAAUGCAGAUAGUGACACCUCAAAAACUGGAGAUAUUAAAAUCACAAAUACAACAAGAUCUAGAGGCACCUAUGCGAGAGCGUUUCAGAAAACAAGAAGAGGAAGCUGAAAGAUACAGAGCGGAAUAUAAUAAAAUGCGAUAUGAAAACACAUUCCUAAAAUCAGAGAUGGAGCAUCAAAAGGAAGAGAAUGAACGUACCCUGAAUGAGAAAGUAAUCAAAUUUGAAGCUGAGGUUGCUAGGUUGAAAGCUGACAGAGAAACUCUGCGUGACCAGAUAAUGAGUACUGAUCCCACUAGAGAUAGUAAACGUAUUGAAGCACUCUUGAGGGAAAAGGUCCAACUCUGCCAGAAAGUCAAGUGCCUUGAGGCCGAGGUUGCAGAGAUUCGUGCUCAGAGAGAAGAUUCUGGUGCUCAAGCUGAGAAUGUGCAGAGAAUUCAAGUGAGACAGUUGGCUGAAUUCCAAAGUUCUAUGAAAUCUUUGGAGGCGGAGAAGCAAUCACUUAAACUGCAUGUGGAGCGCCUGGAGAAGGAACUGCAGCAGCUCCUUGAACAGAACACCCAGUUGACCAGCAAGUUGCACAAAUCUGAGCGAGAGGUUAAUGCUUUGUCUAUCAAACUGGAAGAAUGCAAACAUUCCCAUAAGCUGGAAGUUACAAACAUCAAACUAGAAGCAGCAAAAGCCAAAGGAGAAAUUGAAAGGGAAAGGGAUAACAUGCAAAGCCAAUUUGAUGGUUUGCAGUCAGAUAAUGAAAUUCUGAGGGCCAACAUUGAAAGGCACAAAGAACUUAUGGCAGAAAAAGAAAGAGAGCUAAUCCGGAAAGUUCAGGCAGCUAAAGAAGAUGAUUUCCAGAAACUUUCAGCACUACAAGAUGAAAAAUUGGAACUGGAAAAUAAAGUUGCUGACCUGGAGAGACUGAAGGCUGAACAGGAUAUAACACGGCAGGCUGAAAAGGAACAUCUGGGAGAGAAAAUACAUGCUGUGCAGUUAGAAGAGGAGGCAUCCAAGAGGGAGAUCUUGAAUCUCAGGUCGAAACUUCAACAACACAUACAUCGGAUCAAUGAACUUGAGAAAGAAAAGAAUGACAGUGGUGAACUAAUACAGCAAAUCAAUGAACUACAGAUCCAGUUUAACACUGUGUCACAGUCAGAAAACGAUUUACUGGAGAACAAUAGGAAGCUACGAGAAACGCUUGAUCGCUUAAAGGAGGAAGUACGAGAUGGAAGAAGCAAAGUGGAACGGGCACAGCAGGAAGCUGAGAAGCUGCUGGAUGAUCUGUCUCCUGUUUUGCACAGGCUGCUGGAUGGCAGGCGUGUUCAGUGGUUGGAAGAGAGGCACAAGCUGCAGAGUCGAAAUGCAGAACUGGAGGAGAAGUACUCCCAGGCCAAGGAGCGGCUGCAGCGUGCAGCUGUAGCUCAGAAGAAGAGGAAAACAUUGAAUGAAAGUAAGCAGAAACGAUUACAGGAAAAGGUACAACUGCUGGAAGCAAAAAAAGAAGAGCUAGAAAUUGAGAAUAGCACAUAUAAGCAAAAUGUUCCCUAUGAAAAUCAUGCUAGACUUCAGAAGAGGUUAAAAGAUUUACAGCGACGACACAAUGAAUUCCGAAGUCUCAUUUUGGGAGCAAACUUUUCAUCUAACAGUCGGGGCAAUUCGGUCAAUUUUCUACCACCUACCUUGAUGCAAGGCAAUGACGCAACCUUUGGGAACAUUCAGGAGGAGCAGCAUCAGAAGGAGCUGAGUUUGAUUCGCAAGCGGCUGGAAGAACUCGAGACCAAUCAAAAGCAGCAGUUGCAUGAACUUGGAGCUCUUGAUUGACCUGAUGUUUACAGGUUUUUGAAUAAGGCAUUUGAGUCAUAAAAGACAAAUAACAGUUAUUUGGUGCUACUUAUUGUACAACUGUGAUUUAAAUAUUAUAUGUAUUGAGAAGUCUAUGUAACACUGGUUUACAUGACACACUACACUAUCUCAAGCCUUUAUAUAUAAUUUAUUGUGCCUUGAGAAGAGUUGUGAUUUGAUAGUGUGGACAGGGUAAUUUGUUAUUCAACUAAUACCUUUCAAAUCAAUAGACAUUUUCCAUUCCAUACACAGGACUUAGAAUGAUUUCAUGAGAAAACCAUUUUGCUGUCUUCGGGCAAUCUCUGCAUUUAUACAUUCAAAAAAUUGAAAGGUCAAAUGUUGACCUUGGAGUCUCAUGGUAUAUGCUUUGGAAUUUUUUAAUUUGUUGCAUGAAAGUUCAGUCAGGGCAUCAAAGGAUAUGGUGAGGAGGCAGCUGUAUGGGAUUGAGUGGGAUCAGCCAUGAUGGAAUGGCAGAGCAGACUCGAUGGGCUGAGUGGCCUAAUUCUGCUCCUGUGCCAUAUGAUCUUAUGGACAACUGGGUGUUCCUCUGGUUUUGGUUCCUUAAUCCACAUGUGUCAUUCAGUUCUGAGAAUGGUGACACAACUUUCUUCCAAGUUCCGGCACCUAUAUCCAGAUACUUGAGUGCAAGAAUAUUCUGACUUUAUCAAUUAAUGAACUGUUUUUGGAUGUUUCCAGUAGGAAAUAUGUCCUUAAAUAAUCUGUUAUUGGCCUGGCUGUUUUUUCAUGGUAAAAGUAUCACCAUCCAAUGCCAAUCACUAACUUUUAGAAGUGCUUCACAGAAAAGUAAUUGAUAACAAAAUGUAUAGAGUUAAAGAAAAGAUCCACCAAUGUUUGACUGAAGAGUGAAAUGGACUGGGGAAGGACAGAUAGCCUUCUGUUCAUAAACUUCCUUUGCUAUGGUUUAUUACUGCCUUGAUCAAGGCUGACAGAAUGCCUAACAUAAAAUGUCAGUCUGCUUCCUCUUUAAAGUUAUGGUCAGCUUAGUUCCUGGAUUUUGUUCCCUUUAAAAAAUAUGUUAUGGGCAGUUUAUCUAACAGGGGAUUGUAACAGAGAGGUUUUCAACUCUAAAAUAACUGGAGGAGUUAAGAGGACAAAAUAAGGUUGAACUAGAGUUACGGAUGUUAAUCACCCAGGCUUAUGUGAGCUGCAGGGAAAAUGAAACCAUGUUUCAGAAGUUGUGCUUUCACACCCUUUCACAAUGAAAUGUCAACAGAAACGAUGCAAAAGCAGAAAACUGUGCCAACAUCAGUAAGCCUACAACAUAAAUCCAACAUCUUUAUUUAAUUUAUUUUGUAAGUUUAAAAAUUUAUAGAGUUUAUUUAAAAGGACGUAACAUUUAUUUUGAGUUAUAUAGAUUUAAGCAUUGGAAUGUUCUUGUGCUUUAAUUUUUUCAUAGCGGUCGAAUUGAGUUUCCUGCUGCUAAUGGCAUUAAGUUGAUUUGAAGCACACACACAGGUCUGUGAUGCAUUCAGUUUGUAUUGGUCCAUAUUAUAGAAAGCCCUUGCUAGGAUCAGUCGAGUCAACAAACAUUUGAGUUAUCAACUGUUUAUUUUUAUAGUUAAUUGUUACAUAUCUGUCAAAGCAUGGCUAAUUUAUAAUAAACUCCAUUAAGCUAUUUGACAUUUUUGAAAUGAUUUUUCUUUGGUCAUUAAGUGAUUACUUAUGAGCUGAUGGUUUUUAUAUGAUUUCUUUUUAAUGUGGUUAAAAAUACAAUGGUUUUUAAAGUUUUUAUUGAUACAUAUCAAAUAAACAUU